AUGCCACCCAAACGCAUGACCGCGAAUCCCAUUAAAGCCCCUCGUUACCGCCCUGGAAAAGCCACCGCAGAAGAUCUCUCCGACUCAGAUGCUUCGGAAGAUGAAGCCGUUGCUCCAAUUGCGCCUCCACCCAAGGUCUCAACAGCCGCCGGGAUAACCAGCAAUUUAAACAAGGUAGACCUCAACGCGAUCCGGAAGCAAGCCGCCGCGAAAGAAGCGCAACGAAUAGAAGAAGAGGCCGCAUUAAAGGCCAAAGCAGAAGAAGGAUUCGUCACAGAAAGCGAAGAGGAGUCGGAAGAUGGAAGUGGGGAGGAAGAGAGCGGCGAGGAGGAGUCUUCAGAGGAGGAGGCGCCGAGGAGGGUAAUGCUGCGACCGACUUUUAUUAAGAAGGAUAAACGUGGAAAGACAGCUGUUGCGACAGACUCGAAAAGCGAGGAAGAACUUAUCGCAGAGGAGGAGGCGAGGAGGAUAGCGGCUGCAAAUGAGAUAGUUGAGGAGCAGAUACGGAAAGACCUUGCGGCUAAGGAAGCGGGGAAGAAGAAUUGGGAUGAUGACGAGGAUGAGAAUGAUGAUGUGGAUGAUACGGAUGAUCUUGAUCCCGCGGCUGAAUACGCGGCGUGGAAAUUGAGGGAACUGAAACGAAUUAAACGCGAGCGCGAAGCGAUUGAAGAACGAGAGAAGGAAAUAGAGGAAGUUGAACGAAGGAAGGCGCUUACAGAAGAAGAGAGGAAGGCGGAGGACGAUGCACAUAUCGCGAAACAGAAAGAAGAGAAAGAGGGUAAGGGGAAGAUGGCAUACAUGCAGAAAUACCACCACAAAGGUGCAUUCUUCCAAGAUGAUGCUAAGGAAUUGGGACUUGAUCGGAGAGAUUUCAUGGGCGCCAGAUUCGCAGACGAUGUCCAGAAUCGGGAUCUGCUUCCUCAGGCUUUACAGAUUCGAGAUAUGACAAAGCUUGGAAAACGUGGAGCGACUAAAUAUAAGGACUUGAAAACUGAAGAUACUGGACGCUGGGGAGUUUUUGAUGAUAGGAAAGGUGGACGCGGAGGUGGGUUCAUCGACGAUGAUAGAUUCAAACCUGAUGGCCCUGGUGAUCGAGGAUGGCCAGGAGCUAGUGGAAGCAAUAGCCUACCUGUUGGGGAUAGAAAGAAAGUCGCAGGGGCUCCAGAAGGUCCCAGAGCGAUGAGAGAUAGUGGAGAAGGAGACGAUAGGAGAGAAAGAAUCAGUCGUGGGGGUGAUACAUAUCAGCCUCGUAGGGAUGAGAAAAGGCGGUCAUAUUCAAAAUCACGCUCGAGGUCUAGAUCGCCACGGCGUGAGAGAAAUCGUGACAGGUAUCAAGACGACCGAUAUGGAAGGAAAAGAAGCACAUCACGGGAUAUGGAUCCUUAUGAGAAACGCCGGAGAAUCAACUCUAGGUAG